GAUAUCACACUCCCAGAUGGAAGCAGAGGUCAGAGUGGCUCUGUGUGCGGACAUAUCCGGACAGGAGGCUAAUGAUCUGUGGAUGCUGUGAGAUGUAGCUGUAAUCUGGGUCGACCUGCCAGGGAGGAUGCUAUGUUUUUGCGGGGGAUGACAAGUGGAUUCAACCGACUCUGAUCAAUUCUCCCCUGUGGAUGAACCCUCGGACUCUGAUGGCUGUGAUGAGGAAGAGGUUCGCCUCUGUCUGCUCCUCUUCUUCAGCUGAAGAAGACAGUGCAGGCCUCUAUGACAGUGCUCCCAUUUCUUCCUCUGAUCCACCCAGUGAACAAGAACAUCCUUGUGCAUCUCUGCUCUGUUGCCACAGUGUCCAGGACUCUUUGCUGAGCUCCAACAGCAGCUUCACCAGAUACAGAGGCAUCCUCAACUGGAUCAUCAUUCUCUUGGUCCUGACUCAUGCUCACUUGUUCUUAGAGAACUUCAUACAACAUGGCUUUUUGAUAGAUGUCAAAAAGGUCUUUCAGCAUCUCAUUGAGGACAACUGCAACUGGCCGUCUGUCAGCCUCUUCCUGGGAGCCAACGUGUUUGCUAUUACAGCUUUGCUCCUUGAGAGGUUUCAGGAAAAGGGUGUGCUGUCCCCCACCAAUGGCCAUCGUUUACAUCUCGCAAAUCUAGGGCUGCUCCUGCUGUUUCCUGCUGCAGUCAUUGUGCAUGAGCCCACAACAUCGACGGGUAACAGCUGUGGAGCAUUCUUCUCUCUCUGGCUCUACACUGUUCUUGGGAUGAAGCUUUACUCAUACCAGGAAGCAAAUCACUGGUACCGACAAGCUCAUUUAACUGAUGCAGAUAAAGACCAGAAUGGAUCAGUUGCACAAAAAGCCCAAAAUGAGCAUCUGACCUACCAAGAUCUGUAUUAUUUCCUCCUUGCCCCCACUCUGUGCUACCAAAGAGAUUUCCCGUGCACUCCUAAGGUCCACAUCAAUAAGCUACUGCACAGGCUGCUGGAAAUGGUGAUCGUCAUCCAGAUCAUGGUCGGCAUUGUACAGCAGUGGAUCGAGCCCAUCUUCCAGAGAUCAGAAAACUCUUUCUCUAGUAUGGACAUUACUAUGAGAGUGGAGCACCUGGUGGGACUGGUGGCACCAACCCAUUUCCUCUGGCUGCUCUUCUUCUUCUUGAAUCACUCCUACCUGAAUUUCUGUGCAGAACUCCUGCGCUUCGGUGAUCGCCAUUUUUACGGAGACUGGUGGAAUGCUACAACUCUGAUCACUUUCUGGAGGAACUGGAAUAUUCCCUUUCAGAAAUGGUGUCACAGACAUGUAUACACACAGCUGGUGGAAAAGAAUGUGCCAUCGUCACGAGCAGAGUUACUGGUCUUCCUGAUGUCUGCAGCUGUUUGUGAGUAUAUGAUCGCACUGCCUCUGCACAGCUGUCGUCUGUGGAUCUUUCUCGUCAUGGUAUUCGAGCUCUUGGUUGCAGUUUUCCUGAAAGACUAUUUCCAGGGAAACUAUGGCAACGGUUUAGUGUGGCUGUGCCUUCUGCUGGGCCCACCUCUGGCUGUGAUCACCUACUUUCACGACCACUACAUCAGCUUCCACAACUGUCAUCAGUCAUCAUCCUCACCACUGAUAUCAGUCCACCAUCUUCCCAGCAGAGUUUGCCUGCAGCCUCAAUGACCAUGGAGAAAUGUCUGAAAUGUAUAGAUACUUUAUUGAUCCUGAAGAAUAUGAAGGAUCUGUAAUAUUUAACUGUAUUUAUAAGCAGAGUGAGAGGAUAUGACUGUCAUCCAAAGCUCAUGUCUGUGCAAGAAUCCAUUCAGAUCUCUGGAAAACCUUUUGAAAUUAUUCAGCAACAUAUAUAUAUAUAUGUAUAUAUAUAUAUACAUAUAUAGUACAUAUGUUGUAUAGCUCCAUUAAUGUACCUACGGACUUGCAUAUAAUGCUACUAUACUUCUGCAUCAAAAAAAAAACAUCUGAAAAAUGAAAUGCAAUAAA